AUGUCUGAAGUAGCCGCCGACACUUUCCCCAGCCCCUCGGCUCAGCUGAGCCCUGACGCGUCCCUCGACGGGCUCCCGGCUGAGGAGAACAUGCCGGGGCCCCACAGAGAGGAUCGGAGGGUCCAGGGGGUAGCAGGCCUUGCCGCGACCUGCUGUGUGUGCCUGGAGGCAGAGCGACUCAAGGGCUGCCUCAACUCUGAAAAGAUCUGCAUCGCCCCUAUCCUGGCGUGCCUGCUCAGCCUCUGCCUCUGCAUUGCUGGCCUCAAGUGGGUCUUUGUGGACAAGAUUUUUGAGUAUGACUCUCCUACCCACCUUGACCCCGGGAGGAUAGGACAAGACCCAAAGAGCACUGUGGAUCCUACAGCUCUGUCUGCCUGGGUGCCUUCGGAGGUGUAUGCCUCACCCUUCCCCGUACCUAGCCCUGAGAGCAAGGCUGAAGUGACAGUGCAAACUGACAGCUCGCUCGCGCCCUCCAAGCCCUUCUUCCUCCAGCCUUCUCUCUACAACCGCAUCCUAGAUGUCGGGUUGUUGUCCUCUGCCGCACCUUCGCUGUCACCAUCUGCCCUGGAGCCUACCACCGCGUCCCAGGCGCAAGCAACAGAAACCAAUCUCCAAACUGCUCCAAAACUUUCUACUUCUACAUCUACAACUGGGACAAGUCAUCUCACGAAAUGUGACGUAAAGCAGAAAGCCUUCUGUGUAAACGGGGGAGAGUGUUACAUGGUUAAAGACCUCCCAAACCCCCCAAGAUACCUGUGCAGGUGCCAACCUGGAUUCACUGGAGCAAGAUGUACUGAAACUCUGCCCAUGAAAAUCCAAAACCAAGAAAAGCAUCUUGGGAUUGAAUUUAUGGAAGCUGAGGAACUGUACCAGAAACGGGUGCUGACCAUAACUGGCAUUUGCAUUGCUCUUCUAGUAGUUGGCAUCAUGUGUGUGGUGGCCUACUGCAAAACCAAGAAGCAGAGGAAAAAGUUGCAUGACCGCCUUCGGCAGAGCCUCCGCUCGGAGAGGAACAACGUGAUGAACAUGGCCAAUGGGCCGCACCACCCCAACCCACCACCAGACAACGUCCAGCUGGUGAACCAGUACGUUUCAAAAAAUGUAAUCUCCAGUGAGCGUGUCAUUGAGCGAGAAACAGAGACCUCGUUUUCCACGAGCCACUACACCUCAACAACACAUCACUCCACAACAGUCACCCAGACGUCCAGCCACAGCUGGAGUCACGGCCACACUGAAAGCAUCCUCUCCGAAAGUCACUCGGUGCUUGUCAGUUCCUCUGUGGAGAACAGCAGGCACACCAGCCCGACGGGGCCACGGGGCCGCCUCAACGGCAUUGGUGGGCCACGGGAAGGCAACAGCUUCCUCCGGCAUGCAAGAGAGACCCCUGACUCCUACCGAGACUCUCCUCACAGUGAAAGGUAUGUCUCAGCUAUGACCACACCAGCUCGCAUGUCACCUGUUGACUUCCACACUCCGACUUCUCCCAAGUCCCCCCCAUCUGAAAUGUCACCGCCGGUUUCCAGCUUGACCGUCUCCAUCCCGUCGGUGGCGGUGAGUCCCUUUAUGGAAGAAGAGAGACCGCUGCUCCUGGUGACUCCACCACGGCUGCGUGAGAAGUACGACAACCACCUUCAGCAGUUCAACUCCUUCCACCACAAUCCUGUCCAUGAGAGCAACAGUCUGCCACCAAGUCCUCUGAGGAUAGUGGAGGAUGAGGAGUACGAGACCACGCAGGAGUAUGAACCAGCACAGGAGCCUCCAAAGAAACUCACCAACACCCGGCGGGUAAAAAGAACAAAGCCCAAUGGCCAUAUUUCCAGCAGGGUGGAAGUGGACUCCGACACAAGCUCUGAGAGCACCAGCUCUGAGAGCGAAACAGAGGAUGAAAGAAUAGGUGAGGAUACACCAUUUCUGAGCAUACAAAACCCCAUGGCCACCAAUAUGGAGCCAGCCACUGCGUACCGGCUGGCUGAGAGCAGGACUAACCCAGCAAAUCGCUUCUCCACACCAGAAGAGUUGCAAGCGAGGUUGUCUAGUGUAAUAGCUAACCAAGACCCUAUUGCUGUAUAA